GGCAGCUUGGCUUGCUGCCCUACCAGGGAAGCUCUGAGCUUUCUCCUCAAAGUGCUCCCUGGUAGCAGCAGCAGAAAUUAAACUUCCAAAUACUCAUUAACCCAUCAGAGGCAAAGACCCCUUUCACUCUCUGUCUCUCACCACCCUUUAUUUUCUGUCCCUCCCUCCAAGUCCACCCACCCCCACAUCUAACUUCUGCACAAACCACAUGACCAAUAUAUAGGAUCUCACAACCCAUUGGAAAAGAGAGACGGUUUCUGGGCAAGCUUGCUGUUUGCUUGCUUCCUUGUUUGUUUGUUUGAAUCAGGAUGACUCUGAGACAGUGGAUGAGAAGAAGAGUCUGCUCCUUCCAGCUGUAUCUUUGAGAUAGACUGGCUUUGAAGGCGCAGUGUGUUUCAGGGAAUAGCAUUUGAAGUUUCCGUACAUGGCAGGCAUUGUGGCAUAUGUCAGUGACAUUGCUCAGUGUUUGAAAUGCUUUGUGUCUAACUCAUGGUUUCAGUAAGGGAUCCGUGUCCGACUUCUUGAAGAGCUAUGAAGGUCGAUCUAGUGAUGGCAUUACCCAGCGAGAGCGAGUUCCUGGCUGGAGCUGGCAAUCUCCAGUUCCAACCAUAGGAAAGUCUUUGAAAUGCUCUGAAAAUGCAGAACUGGUAUCAAGGCUGUUUAUGCCCUUCAUUUUUUACCCAGCACUUGUGAGAGUUGUGUUCGAGCCUAGCGUGACUGCAGGGCUUGGGAUUACAGUAAAUAAAGGAGCGCCCAGGUGCUUUCCAAUGAUGCAAUGGCACCCAGAUGCUACAUGGAUGCCUGCCUGAGAGAGACCUAGAACAGUAUGUCACUCCACCGCAGCAAAUGAUGGAGCAAGAAGAACUGAGAGUUCAACUGGCAUCUAAAGAACAGCUUAUUCAUCAGUUAAAUGUCCAUCUGAGGGAGGCAAAUCACAGCCAGGAAAAGUCAAAAGCAGAGAUUCUGGAGAAGGAAGCUAAGAUUCGGGAGCUGCAGGAGAUAAUCACAGACCUUCACCAUGAAAUUUCCCUGAAGGAUUUGGAGGCAGUCAAUCAACUGGAGGAGAAGCACCUGCUGGAGACCACGGUGCAAUCCCUCAGGCAGAUGCUGGAUGCUCAAGAGCAGAGGAUCUAUCAACUGCAGACCAAGCAGACAGAGAGGCAGGCGGAACUGGAGCAGAAAUGCAGCCGGAUGCAGCAGCUCGAACGAGACCUGGAGGCCAGCGGCAGGCUACAGGAGGAAUCCCAGAGGCAGCUUGGGGAGUGUAAUGCACGUCUGGCCCAGGUAGCAGGAGAGAAUGAGGCUCUACGAGGCCAUCAGCUUGAGCAGAUGUUAGAGGCACAAGAAACAAAGAAUCAGCUUGCUGAAGCAGAGGUGGAGGUGGUCACCAUGAGGAGCAAAUAUAGCAUGGCACAGAAAGAGAUGAGCCAGCAGCACCAGACCAUCCGGACAUUGGAAGAGAAGCAAGCCCAUCUGCAGGCCCAUUGUCACCACCUGGAGGAGGAGACUGGCUUUCUGCAUGCCAGGCUGGAGGCCCAAGGCCUGGCACUGGAGAAUGAGCAGACGCUGGUAACCAGCCAAGUAUGCCACAAAGAGGAGCAGGUGGCGACGCUAACGGGCAAGCUGCUGAAGGCAAAGACUGAGGCACAAGCAGCUGAGCAACAGGCGGCCCAGCUGGAGGCGCUGCUGAGCACGUCGCAGCUGGAGUCAUGUUACCUGAAGAAGGAGCUGCGGAGGAAAGACGAGGAGCUCCAGUGCCUGCAAGAGCAGCUCCGGGAUUCUCGGGAAGCACUGCAGGAUGCAAGGCAAGGGAAAGAGGCCAUCCAGAAGGAGUCAGAGACCCAGCUGCUGCAGCGUGACCAGCUGGUGGAGCAGCAGAAAGCGGAUCUUGUGGCAGCCCGAGAGAAGCUCUCCAGGUACACAGGGCAGCUUGCAGAGCUGCGUGCAGACCAACAGCAGCAGGCUGGGGAGUUGGCCGUCCUGAGGGAGAGGCAUAAGACUGCGCAGCAGGAGGUCUGCAGCCGUGACCAGAUCAUCGGGAAGCUCAGAGGAGACCUGAAAAGUGCUGAGGAGCAGCUGGUGCGAGUGAAGGAUGAGGGGAAGGAGAGAGCUGCAGAAGGGAGCGGCCUGAAGGGAAAGCUCCACCAGCUGCAAGAUGACAUAAGAAGCCUACAAGAGAUCUGUGGGGAGCGGGAAAAGGCCAUGGUGGAGCAGACCUGCUGCAUCCAGCAGCUCCAGCAUGAGCAGGAGAUCUGCAUCAGCCAGAGCCAGCAGCAGGCGAUGCUGGUGGAGCAGAUGCAGGGGGAGCUCACAUCCCGUGAGCGAGCCCACCAGACAGAACUGGAGCAGCUGCAGGCCAAGCUGCAGCACCUUCAGCAGGAGCUGGACAUCUGCAAAGGGAAGAACCAAGAUAAUCUGAGCCACCUGCAGCAGCGGGAGUCCACGAUGGAGAGGCAGAGCUCGCACCUGGAGUUCCUGCUGCAGCAGUGCCAGACGCUGAAGGAGGAGGUGUUCUACUACGAAGAGGUGGUGCAGAAGCAGGAGCGGGAGCUCUGCCUGCAGCAGGAGCAGCUCCGAGAGGCGCAGGAGCACCUGGCCAUGGCCAAGAGCAAGAGCAGCUCCACCGAGAGCAACCUGGAUCUGUACAAGAAGAAAUACCAGGCCGCCUUGAACAGAGCUGGCGAGCUGGAGGGCAAGGUGCAGAGCCUGGAGGAGGAACUCCAGGACAUGAGCAGCCAGAUGUGGGAGUGUGAUGACAUCAUCAUCAACCUGUGCAGCAAGCAGCUGGUUCUGCAACAGGAGAUGACGGGCAGGAGGAACCAGACGGCCGUGGAGCAGCUGACUCAAGAACUUCAUGCCACGCAGGAGGAUCUGGGCAGGAGCCUUCAGCACACCCCCCAGCAUGAGCAGAGCAUCCAGGCCCUCCGAGAGCAGCUGGCUGCCAGUCAGACCAAGUGCUUGGAAGCUGACGAGACUCUGAUGCAUGUGCAGACGGAGUUUGCCUCCUACACAGCCACUCAUAGUCAUUCCAACGCCAGCUAUGAGAGCCAAGUCGCCAUGGCAGAGAACCUCCAGCAGCGGCUGAGCCACGCUGACGAGGACCGCGCCAAGCACAGCCAGCGGGCCGAGGAGUACCAGUGCCUGGUGCAGGAUUUGAAGCUGGAGCUGGUGCGAGUGGCCGAGCAGAAGAACAGCAGCAUGAAAGCCGUCGGGACACUGGAGCUGGAGGUGCAGCGUCUGAGGCAGGACACAGCUGCUAAGGUGGAGCGGAAGCAGCUGGAGGUGGCCAAGCUGCAGCAGCUGAUCCAGCAACUGGAGUGCGAGCUCCGGGAGAGCCGCCGUCUGUGUGCGCAGAAGGAGCAGGUGAGCCCAGGAGACGGGGACCCAGCGAAGGGACAAGCCAGGGCCCUGGGUCAACAUGCGUUUGCAGCAGGAGAGGGCUCCAGCCUCCCCCAGGUCUCAGGCAGAUGCGGCAGCACCUGUGGGGGCUACGUGGAGGGGCCUGUGGCUGUGGGGCUGUGCCGGAGGCGGGGUCCAGGCUGUGGGUGGCGUGGCCCGUGGGGCAGUGUCUGUGGCAGUGCUGUGUCUCUCGUGGCACAGAUCAUGCAGAGGAGGGAUGAACAGCUCCACCAGGCACAGGCCGCCAUGCGGCAGGCUCGUGGUGUCCUGCAGCAGAAGGAGCUGAAGCUGGAGAAGCAGCGCGCAGAGGCCAGGAGCCUGGCCGCAUGCUUGCAGCAGGCCCAGCAGGAGAGGGAGCAGAGCCAGGCGGCCAGCGACAGCCUGCAGGAGGAGAUCCAGCUGCUGAGACAGAGCCUGCAGGACAGCCAGCAGCAGCAGCAAGCAGCUGCUCAGGAGCUGGUGCAGCAGGCGGAGCGGCUGCUGCUGGCCCAGAGCAGCCUGCAGAGCACGCAGGAGCAGCUGAGCGAGCGCAUGGCUGAGGUUGGCCGGCUGGAGCAGGCCAGCCGCAGGCUGGAGGCGGAGCAGCGGGCGCUGCAGGAGCAGCUGUCCAGGAGCAUGGAUGAGGUGGAGCAGAGCAGGAAGCUGCUGGAGUGCCUGAAGGCAGAGCUGGGCCAGUGGAAGCAGAGGCACCAGGUCGCCCUGCAGCAGGGGAUGCAACAUCAGCACUCAAUGGCCGAGAUGGAGCUGAAACUGGGGAGGAGCCAGGAGCAGGCGAAAGCCCUGCAGCAGCAGUUCCAGGAGCAGGAAUCCACCCAGCAGGCCCUGCGGGAGGAGCUGAGCCAGCUGCAGAGCCGGGAGGAAGAGCUCCAGCGGCAGCUGCAGGGAGCCCAGGAGAGGGAGUGCCUGCUGGCCAGUGAGCGCCAGGAGCUGCAGCGAGAGCUCCACAGCAGCGAGCAAGCGGCCACGCUCCAGGAGUCAGCCCUGGCCCAGCUGCAGGCAGAGCUGGGAGCAGCUCAGGCCAGAGAGUGGCAAAGCACCCGCACGCUGACUGCAGCAGAGGAGACUAUCCAGGCCCUGACACUGAGAACUGCAUCCUGUCAGGAGAAGCAGAGGGAGGCGCUGGAAAAGCUCAGCGAGACGGCGCAGGACAUGGCGGCCCUGCAGGCGGAGCUGGUGCGGACACAGGCCAGGGAAGCCCAGCUGGAGGAGGAGGCAGCAGCCUGGGAGGAGCGGCUGAGGCAGCUCAACGGGGAGCUUAAGAAGCUGCAGGGUUUCCAGCAGCAGAGGGAGCAGGAGGCCCAGUCCUUCAAGGAGCAGCUGGAGGAGCGGAGCAGCCAAGUGCAGCACUGGCAGAGGCGGUACCAGGAGAACGCGCAGGUCCUGGCGCAGCGGGAUGAGGACCUGGUCGUAUUCAAGGUGGAACUGGCCUCCUUGAAAGAAAAGCUCCAUGGUGCCGCUGAAGAGAGAGCCCGCUUGCAGCAGGAACUCAGUGUCUUACGGCAGAAGUUCAUGGCCUCCAGCAGUGAGGCAGAGGCGCUGCGCUCCUCCCUGGGGGCUGCGCGCUCAGACAGCCGCCGGCUGCACCGCGAGAGCGAGCUGGUGCUGGCCAACGUCAGCCACUGGGUGAAGGAGCAAAAGCAAGCAAAUGACAAACUGGGGCACAAGAUCCGGGAACAGAUCAAGCACAUCGCGCAGCUGACAGGCGAGAAGGACCACCUGCAGGAGGUGCUGGCGAGGCUGCAGCAGGAGAACAGGCACCUGAAAGGCGAAGUGGCCAAGCAGCGCAUUGAGUGUGAGCGGCUGAAGGUGAGCAGGACGUUAGCAGGCAGAGCUGGGCCCGGGGGCAGGCUCCAGGAGGGGCUGGGGGGGGAAGAGGGCCCUGCUGCCAAGAGCUGCUGCUGAUUUUGUGCUUCUUGUCCCAGGCUCUGCAGGGCAGCAGCUUAGACGCACGGGCUGUGCUUCGGCAGCCAUGGCCCCUGCUCCUGGGCGAGGAGUGAGGUCCCUCUCUCUUCCAGCCUGGCGCCUGCACGAUGGACCCAGCAAGGACUGUGCACAGGGCAGGCACGUCCUCUGCAGCUACCUCAGCUACCUGCUGCGGGCCCGGGCCCAGCCUGCACUGUGAAAUAAGCCACAGGCACAGGCUGUCACCCACCACGGCGGCAGGGCGGGGGCUGCAUCCCCCUCAGCAAACCCCACUUACUAGGAACAGCCCAUGUAUUUCAGCCAUUAAAUGUGUCGCUAGUCCA